CAAUCAAAUCAAAUCAUCUCAGCAAGCGUAACAAUACGAAUACAUAAAGACGCGACGCGCCCAGGCUUGCGGCAAAUAUACAAUGGAAUGCACACUCGCACCGCACGUUUCUCUCUCACGGCGGAGCCUGGUUGGACGUUCGCGAUUGAGGAAUUCGUUUGGUGUUGAGUGAACCUUGUGCUGAGCACGGCUCCUGAAACUGUCUCGAGACAAGGAGCGCAACCAGCAUAUUGCGACAACUGUGGGGUCUGGGAUCUGGAGAACUGCUGACUUGUGAUUGUGACGAACGGAACCUGGGAUUCAGACGACGACGAAGAGCUGCGACUAGAGACAAAUUCAGCCUGUGGGAAAUACGGUGGUGCUGUUGUGUCUUCCGAGUAAGCUUGAGUUACUAGGAACAAGAGAGUACAUAUCCACUGAUUGUGCUCUGCUCCUUGCGCUGCUUGUUGGCUGUUGAAACUUAACUCUUGGAAAGAAGAUUGGAUAUCAAAAUGCAGCUUUGCACCAACCGACUAGAAGGCUUUGGCCCUCACUCAACUCUCUCCUCUCCUCUCCCAACAUCCUGCUUCACCGACACUAUCCUCAUACCACUUCCAAUAUGGCUCGCCCUCCUCUUCCUUCCACUUUUAUAUCUCCUCUCCAUGCAUCAUCGAAAAUCGAACUUCGAUCCUUCAACAGCCUACCUACGCUCUAAGCCCCGACGCAACUGCGCAUUCAACACCAUUUCCAUCAUCUACUAUAUCCUCAUCGUCUGCAAUAUCCUCAUGCAAACCCUCGAAAUCGUCCGAUUAGAACUUAUACACUUCGGAAUCUCCCUCUUACCAUUUGUGUACGUCGGCUUGCUCAUCGGCGCAUUCCUCCACUACACCGAAGGCGUGAAGGGCAGAAUAAGAGGUUGGCAGACUGUGAAUGGGAUAAUAUGGAUUGGAGGAGUAGCCAUGUGUGCUGUUAAGGUCGUCGGGCUGAGUAAGGAGGGUAUAAAUGGGAGAAAAGGCUCCAAAUACCCUAUCAGUGAUCAAGUGACUGAUGUUGCUGUUAUGGCGGGAGUUUAUGCAGUGAUUGCGAUCCUGGAGUUAAUGUUGGGAUUCUGGAGGGCGUUGAGGAGAGCGAAUAGUGGGAAUGAGGAGACGCCGCAGUCUGGGAUGAGUCCUGUUAUCGAGCAAGAAGAGACGGAAUAUGUGAGGAAGUAUCCUACUGCUGUCUAGAGUUGCGAGUGUUAUACCCUAUGAAAUUGAUAAAUUGAAUCACGAGACGAUUGCUGCUACUUUAUGCCUGCUC